CAAUGUUCAUCCUUUCCAAGUACGAUAGUCAAGGAGAUCCUCCCUGAAGAAAACUACAGCCACAACUUCCGUUCUAAAGACAGCUACUUCCGUGUUUGAGCUGACGCGUCGUUAGCGUUUUUUUCAAACCAGUUCUGUUCUUUACGUGUCAGUCUUUUUUCUUUUUCACCGUAGAGCAAGAGACGGACCGGUCACCGGAAUAAUGGCACCUAAAGGUAGCAGCAAACAGCAGUCCGAGGAAGACCUACUCCUCCAGGACUUCAGCCGAAACCUGUCUGCAAAGUCCUCCGCGCUUUUCUACGGAAAUGCACUAAUUGUGUCCGCAAUUCCCAUUUGGCUGUUCUGGAGAAUCUGGCACAUGGACCUGGUCCAGUCAGCGGUCCUGUAUGGAGUCAUGACACUGGUCAGCACCUACCUGGUGGCCUUCGCCUACAAAAACGUCAAGUUCGUCCUCAAACACAAAGUUGCCCAGAAGCGAGAGGAUGCUGUCUCCAAGGAGGUGACAAGGAAACUCUCUGAGGCUGACAAUCGCAAGAUGUCACGCAAGGAGAAGGAUGAGAGGAUCUUGUGGAAAAAGAACGAGGUAGCUGAUUAUGAGGCCACCACCUUCUCUAUCUUCUAUAACAACACUCUGUUCCUGGUCCUCGUCAUCAUCGCCUCCUUCUUCCUGCUGAAGAACUUCAACCCCACCGUUAACUACAUCCUGUCCAUCAGUGCCUCAUCUGGCCUCAUCGCCCUGCUGUCCACUGGAUCCAAGUAAAGGAGGAAAGAAAGAAAUCAACAACUGAGAAGAGGAGGGUUUGGGUCAGGGAGGGCUGGGGUGAAGCUAGGAGGAGGGAAUGGGGUUUAGGU